AUCAACUGACACUAAGAAUCAUGGGAAAUGUAGUUGAACCUUUCUAAAUCAGAGAUUCAAAGAUGGUCGGUGUUUCUGGUUCAUGUCUCUGAAUGACUGAAGUCCAGAAGAUGGAUGAUUGUGUGGAGAAAGAGGAGGAGAGACCAGAGUCUCCAGGAUCCAUCUGUCUCUCUAUGAAGAGUGACUGGUCCAAAGGCGAGAAUCCAAACUUCAGUAAAGAACCUGGACCUUCAGACACAAAAAGUCGGUACUGCAGUCAGAGACCAGAGUCUCCAGGAUCCAGCUGUCUGUCUAUGAAGAGUGACUGGUCCAUGGACAAACCUGUAGGGUUCAGUAAAGAACCUGGAACUUCAGACACAAAAACAAAAGCAAAUUUUGCAGCCUCCAGGUGUCGGUCUACGAAGAGUGACGUCUCCAAAGAUCUACCUGACAACUUCAACAAUGAACCUGCUCCGAGGAAACGGAGCUCAUACCAGUCGGCUUCAUCGAAAAAUUUGGGAUAUGGAAAAAGAUCCAGAGCAAGUCCUCCACAAGCAGAUGCCAGUCUCCAGCAGGUCCUAGAUGAACAUAAGACCAGUCUGAGGAGCAGAUGUGAACAUGUGACUGAAGGAACUGAUGAACCAGGAAGUAGAACCCUCCUCAACAGGAUCUACACGGAGCUCUUCAUCACAGAGGGACUCAGUGAAGAGGUUGAUACCCAACAUGAGGUGAGGCAGCUGGAGACAGCUUCCAGGAUGAAGAGCCUCCAUGACGCUCCAAUCAGGUGCCAGGACAUCUUUAAAGCCUUACCUGACCAACGUGGAGCCAUCAGAGUGGUUCUGACCAACGGCGUCGCUGGCGCUGGGAAAACCUUCUCGGUUCAGAAGUUCUCUCUGGACUGGGCCGAGGGCUCGGAGAACCAAGACGUCACCGUGGUGAUUCUGCUCUCGUUCAGGGAGCUGCACCUGAUCAGAGAUGAGCAGCUCAGUCUUCUCAGGCUGAUCCAGGUUUUCCAUCCAUCGUUCCAGAAGCUCACAGCAGAGCAGCUGGCUGCCGGGAAACCGUUGUUCAUCUUUGACGGCCUGGAUGAAAGCAGACGUUCCCUGGACUUCAACAACAGUCCGGUCGUGUCUGACGUCACACAGAGCUCAUCGGUCAACGUGCUGCUGACCAACCUCAUCCAGGGGAACCUGCUUCCCUCAGCUCUCAUCUGGAUCACUUCCAGACCUGCAGCAGCCAAUCAGAUCCCUCACAAACACGUGGACAGGGUGACAGAAGUACGAGGCUUCACCGACGGCCAGAAGGAGGAAUACUUCAGGAGGAGGUUCAGGGAUGAAGAGCGGUCCAGCAGCGUCGUCUCCCACAUGAAGACAUCCAGAACCCUCCACAUCAUGUGUCAACUCCCGGUCUUCUGCUGGAUCACUGCUACAGUUCUGGACCACAUGUUGACCACAGAGCAGAGAGGAGAGCUGCCCAAGACCCUGACUGACAUGUUCUCCCACUUCCUGCUGGUCCAGACCAAGAGGAAGAGGAACAAGUACCAGGAGGGACGUGAGACGAGUCCACAGGAGCUGACGGAGGCUGACAGGGACCUUCUCCUGAAGCUGGGGAGGCUGGCGUUGGAACAUCUGGAGAAAGGAAACAUCAUGUUCUACCAAGAAGACCUGGAGCAGUGUGGUCUUGAUGUCCCAGAGGCCUCGGUGUACUCAGGAGUUUGUACCCAGAUCUUCAGGAGAGAGUGUGAGGUCUUCCAGAAACCCGUCUACUGCUUUGUUCAUCUGAGCAUCCAGGAGUUCCUGGCUGCAGUCUACGUGCUCCACUGUUGGUCCACCAGGAACACAGAUGUGCUGGAGAACUUCCUGGGAGGAGGGUACAGACACUCACCUCUGGAUGUCUUCCUGAAGAAAGUCAUGCAGAAAUCUCUGGAGAGUAAAAAUGGCCACCUGGACCUGUUUGUCCGCUUCCUUCAUGGUCUUUCUGUGGAGUCCAACCAGAGACUGUUAGGAGGUCUGCUGGACCAGAGGGAGAACGACCCAGAAACCAUCCAGAGAGUCAUCAACAACCUGAAGGAGAUGAACACUGACAGCUCUCCUGACAGAAGCAUCAACAUCUUCCAGUGUCUGAUGGAGAUGAACGACCUCUCAGUUCAUCAGCAGAUCCAAGAGUUCCUGAAGUCAGAGAACAGAUCAGAGGAAAAGCUCUCUGAGAUCCAGUGUUCAGCUCUGGCCUACGUGCUGCAGAUGUCAGAGGUUCUGGAUAAGUUGGACCUGAUCAAGUACAACACAACAGAAGGGGGUCGACUGAGACUGAUUCCAGCUGUGAGGAACUGCAGAAAGGCUCGAUUUGUUUGUUGUGGACUCUCAGAGACUCACUGUGAAGUUGUUGCGUCCGCUCUGAAGUCCAACCCCUCCCAUCUGACAGAACUGGACCUGAGUCUGAACCAGAACCUGAAGGAUUCAGGAGUGAAGGUUCUGUCUGGUGGACUGGAGAGUCCAAACUGUAGACUGGAGACUCUGAGGUUGGAGAAGUGCAGGUUGUCAGAGAUCAACUGUUCUUCUCUGGUCUCAGCUCUGAAGUCCAACCCCUCCCAUCUGAAACAUCUGGACCUGAGCGGGAACAACAAUCUGCAGGAUUCAGGAGUGAAACAUCUGUGUGGUUUCCUGGAGAGUCCAGACUGCAGACUGGAGACUCUGGGGUUGAUGGAGUGCAGGUUGUCAAAGAUCAGCUGUUCUUCUCUGGUCUCAGCUCUGAAGUCCAACCCCUCCCAUCUGAAACAUCUGGACCUGAGCUGGAACGGCCUGAAGGCUGCAGAUGUGGAGCAGCUGUCUGAUCUGGUGCAGAGUCCACACUACCAGCUGCAGACUCUCAGGAUAUUGUGAGAGUGUCCAGUACGGAUGAGACGUGUCCUGAUCGUCCUCAGAGUUGAAGCAGAACCAGUUUGUGUGGACAAACUCUGACUGCACCGUGAUGAUGAUGAUGAAGAUGAAGAUGAAGAUGAAGAUGUACAUAGUUUCUGAAUUCCAGCGUUCUACAAAUUUUAAUUUGAACUUGAGUUUGCUCGACAUUGUUCCUCAAGCACUUUGUCUAAAGUCUGGAUGAGUUCUAGUACGGAGGUUCCUACUACUAAUGUAGUGAUGGAUAAAUGUCUACGCUGCCGCGGCGGAGCUGCUCAGCACAGCAGCCGUCUCCCCCACCGAGUCACGUGACCGCCGCUGUUUUCUUUUUAUUUACAGUUUUCCUUCAUUCCAAGUUUUCCUUUAUUUGUUGUUGUCGUGUUUUCAGCCUUGUCGGUUUUUUAAAGUUUCUUUCCGCGUCACUGAUGAAGAGAGAGACUGAAGAGAUCUGUGGAAAUAACAGCGUUUGUUCAUGAAACACGAAACACAAAUGAACUUGACUUGGUCAAUGAAUGUUCCUCAGUUUGUUCCAGUAAAUAUUGUAAAUGUUUUCUGGAUAUUACGAUGAUUGUUAACACUUCAAAGAAAGUCAAAAUUCUUCAUUAAAACUUGGAUCUUUU